AACAGUUAGGAGAAGGAGUGUUUGGGCAUUUUGAACGAAUCACGUGACACUUGACGGUAGAAACUAGAAAGUAUCAAAAUCUCCCAUUUAUCAUAGCUAGCAAUUCACGUCUCUCUCUGUCAGACUGUCCCACUCGUACUCGCUACUGUAACAACAAACGGACAAAUGAUCACGGAGAUGCUUUCCAGUUCAUCCAUCGGCAAAACUCCUCUUUCUCGGAGCAACUUCUCUCCGUCUAAUGGCAAACCUUCUCGAGCUUCCUUCAUUUGUUGCGUUAGGAAGAAUGCAGAGAGUAAUGGCUCAUCUAGUGGACCUUUGCAGUUGGAGUUGGGAAACCAGAGUAGUGAUGAGAAUGUUCCUCAAAUGAGGAGUGCCAUUAGGAAACUUUUCAGAGAAGCUCAACAGAAUAUCUUGUACUUGAACAAACAACGCAUCUUGGCAAUGGAAGAGCUUGAUAGAGUAAAAAGAGAGAAACGUUCAUUGCUUGAUAGAAUCGAGCAACUAGAGAGAAUAAAGCUGAUGUAUACAAGAAAAGGUUGUGAUAAGUUCUCACUCAGUGCUGAGUUACUACUAAGGAUAGACUCUAUGGUUCUUACCAGUUUGAUUGGCAGCAAGGAGGCAUCAGAAUUUAGAUGGCUGGUCAUGGAUUCAAUAGGUAGUAUAGCUGAUUAUUUCUCUGAGAAAAUGCAUAAACAGGACACUGAGCUUCUGGUAGAGCUGCGCCACUUCCCCCGGAAAAGUAGAAAGUCAGGUUACCACAUAAUCCACAUUUGUACUGAAAUGGCACCAGUGGUAUCAGUUGGAUCUUUGGCACCAUAUGUAACUGGAUUAUCUCGUGCCUUGCAAAGAAAGGGAAAUCUGGUCGAGGUUAUCUUACCCAAAUAUGCUAGCCUAAAUUUAAAUGAAGUUCAUGGAUUACGAGAAGUUGAGGCAGAGUUCCAUUCAUACUUUAAUGGUCAACUGCAUGGAAACAGAAUCUGGACUGGGGUUGUCUGUGGCAUUGGAGUGACUUUCAUAGAACCUCUCUACUAUUCAGCAUUUUUCGGCUGUGAGAACAUAUAUGGCUACUCAAAUGAUUUUGAACGAUUCACCUACUUCUCUCGUGCUUCAUUGGAUUAUAUAAUUAAAGCAGGAAAGCACCCGGAUGUGCUUCAUAUACACAACUGGGAAACAUCUAUUGUUGGUCCACUGUUUUGGGAUGUUUUUGUAAAUCAGGGACUUGGAGGUACCAGGAUAAUGUUGACAUGUCAAAGCUUUGAGUCUCAGUGUGUAGAGCAACCUGAAAAGUUAGCCCUAUGUGGGCUUGAUCCUUAUGGACUACAUUGUUCUGACCGUCUGCAAGAUAACAACAAAUCCCAUCUUGUCAAUGUUUUGAAGGCUGGAGUGGUUUACUCCAACAAUGUUAUCAUAAUGUCAUCCAUGCAAACAAAAGGGCAGAUAAUUCAUGCUACGAGCCAUGGUCUUGAGCCCACCUUAACUAUACACAAGGACAAGUUAGUAGUUGCUCCUCCUGGAUUCGACAGUUCAGCUUGGGAUCCUUCAGUAGAUAUGUUUCUACCACAAAACUAUAGUGCAGAUUUGAAGGGGAAAUCUGUCUGCAAAGUUUCGUUGCAGCAGCAUCUGGGGUUGCAGGAGAAAGCAUCCAUUGUUCUUGUAGGAUGCAUCUUCUCAGACAUCUCUGAUAUUGAACUGGAGAACCUCAAGACGCUUAUUUGGAUGGCUUCAAGGAGAGGUGUUCAGUUUGUCUUCAUGGGCUCGGGUCAAACUCCUGGUUUAAAUUCGACAUUGGAAUAUUUUGAGGAGGAACUCAAGGAUGAAAACAUGAGAUUUCUUAACAAAUAUGAUGAAUCUUUAGCACAUUUAGUACUUGCGGGAUCUGACAUCAUGCUAUGCCCUUCUUUUGAUGGUACAGUACUCCAAAUACCACUCAAGGCCAUGAGAUAUGGAGCUAUGCCUAUUCUACUGGAUUUUACCGACAGUAAAUACGGGCACUCUGUGGAUCGUGAUCUUGAGGGCACCGAAUUCUCUCGUUAUAUCAAUGAUACCUUCUCCAAUAUGCCCCUGAACCAAGCAAUUGAUGAACUUAAGAAUAACCCAUCAAAAUGGGACAAGAAGAUCGUCGAUGCCAUGACAAAGGAUUUUUCGUGGGAUGCAAAGUGCUGCGACAUUCAUAUCUCUGCAUAUACAGCAAUAAAAAACUUGUAAAGUAGAUUUUCUUUACAUAUUCACGUAUUUAUCUCUCUGUCCAUGCCAUAUCAUAUGGGUGCCUAUUACAUGUAGUGUAGAGGACGGUGUUUUGUUAACUUAAUAAAAAAUGUAUUACAAUGCGUAUUCUUUCAGAGUAAUUGUUUUAGUCAAUAGGACGGACACAA